AUGGAAGACCAAUCAAACACGGACUUGAUCUUGCAGCAACAAUUGGAGGAACAGCAGCAGCAGCAACAACAACAACAACAACAAUUGCAACGACAAGCGAUUCAUCCAGCUCCAUCUCCCGUUCCGUAUCCAUAUUAUCCCUCCUCAACUCAUAAUCAAAGCGAUCGGCUGCGACGACGAAACACGGGGACAUCGUACCCGUUGUUCCACACGAACAACAGCCAUACUACCAAUAGUGAAGAAGCCUCUCAGGGGAGUUUGAACGAGAGUCAAGCGAGUUUCUUUUCGGGAUUGGAUGGAUUGGAAAUGCCAUCGACUAGUUUGCAUGCUAAUCAUGCUCAUCAUCAUCAGCCUCCUCAUCAUAAUAACAAUAAUAUGAUGUUGCCAGAUGGGAAUCAGUUGCUGCCCAACAGUUACAAAGCCACGCGACAUCACAGCAACAGUCCGACCAACCAUUACAGCAACAACAGUCCCACCAAUCACUACUAUCAUCAUCCCCCUGUGUCGAUGCAACAACAACAACAGCAGCAACAACAACAGCAACGACUGAACAAGAGCCUCAACAACAUUUCGCACUCUCCUCCUCGUCAUCCUCGUCAAGAACCUCCUCGUCAACCGUCUUAUCAACGCACCGCCACAUUGCCAGCCCCACGAUCUUCCAACAACAGCAACAGUCGCAGCUACGCUGGAGACGAUGCGCACACCAAUAGUAAUACAAAUUCACGACGACGACCGUUUUCGCGAGAUCUCACGCCGCAGCAUCAAAUUGAUCGACGCAAUUCCCGACGACGCGUCACAAGCACCAGUUCGGCAUCGUCGUCGGCCGCCAAGAAAAAGGCAUCCGUUCCCAAUCGAUAUUACAUUCCGGGAAACAAAUCCGUACAAACCGAAUGGUCUUCACCGACGCGACAACGACGCAGUCGCAACACACUGCCCAACACUAGCAGUGUCAGCAACAACAAUAGCAUGAGCAGUAACGACAGUGAUUCCAGAGGAGGUGUCUUGCCCGAAGAAGAUCCCAACGCUAUCAACAACAACAACAACAACAACAGCAGCAGCAGUGGCAACCAAAACAUUAUUGUCUUGCCCUCCAUUUCCAUUCCCAACGGAAGUUGUCCGGAAGAAUACAAUACCAACAACAACAACUAUCAUCGCUCGUCCCAAGCACCCACACUGCCCUUACGACGACCCUGUGUCACCGCCACCAGUAUGUGUUUCCGCGGCUCUGGAACAGUUAAAUUCUGUGUCUUGAUCCAAUUUGUCUUUGUCAUUCCACUCUGUUUGUACGUUUUUGAUGCCCACGCACAACAAAAAAGUGCCAAACAACAAUUGCAACAAUACAACGAAGAACAUGAACACAUGCUCAAUCAAAUGAUGUGGAUGGAUGCCGCUGCUAAAAAAAUUACCGCCAAUCAGUAUCGACGCAAGGGAGAUACAUUGCAUCACAGUCGACCGCAAGCGCAAGCACAACAAGCACAGCAACAACAACAGUUCUAUCCCGGCGAUGACAAUUUUGGGAGUACGGGUGCGGCCGGCCGCGACACUACCACGGAGGAUAACACUGCUACCAACUACAAGAAUUACCGGGAUAGUUACUACGGAGCGGACACAUCGGCCACGGAAGAUUUGCGUGACAGUGUGCACAAACUACGAGGACAAAUGAGAGACAUUCAAUAUCGCAUUCAACAAAACUCGAUUGUAAGAAUCAACGAAAAGUACGGAGAAGGACCCAUUCAAGUCUACAUUCAUCCCGAACCACAACAAGACGAAUACUACAAUAACAACAACGGUAAUGGUGAACAACAAGACGAAAUGACGUCGGAGAUUGCCAUUGAAUUGUUUAUUGAAGACACACCCCAUGCCGUUUCCACAUUUCUAUACCAGAUUGAACGAGGACAUUGGAAUCGCGUACAAAUGAACUGGAUCAGUGAAACAUCCAUCUUGAGCAAACCCGGCUCAGCCGUCACGUCGGGAAUGGGAGAUUGGAUGCAAACGUCCCGGCUCGAGUUUCUAGAACAGUUCCCCAUUCGUCACUGUGAAGUCGCCCUCGUGCAACGAGGACAAAUGGGAGUCCUCAGUUUGAAAAUCAAUCUCGUCGAAGUGCCCUUUCAAGAACACGAAGAAGUCUGUAUCGGACGAUUGUUGAACGAUCGAUUGAUUCUGCCAAAAUCCAGAGAAUAUUUCAUGGCCGAAUUCACCACGACCAGUAACAGUGGAAGUGGCAACAAGAAGCAGCACACGCCGCCGAAAGAUGAAGACUCGGACAAUCAUCCCGAAAUGCGAUUGUUGAAGGAUCCACUGGUUCUUCUGACGACCAACGCCAAGUCCAACGAACUUUCGACGACGACGGCGACCACAAGUGAACAGGAAGAAACUGCUCCAGCCGAACGAGACGAAGAAGAAGAACAAGACAACGAAGAAGAAGAGCCAGCUACUAGUAGUACGGAGGAUCCUUCUCGAGAACAAGAGCUCGACAUUGAAGAGGUCUUCGAUCCGGGGCAGGACAUAACGGACGAUGAUCGUCCACGAGAACAAGAGCUCGACAACGAAGAAUUCGAAGAGCCGGGGCAGGAGCCGCUGCAGUUGGCAUAG